AGAAGGGGUACUUUUUUUUAAAUAGUUCAUUGCAAAAGAGCUAGUACAAUGACAGCACAGAUGUCUAAACAUUAAUACUUCAGCGAAAUGCAAGAACCUCCAGUGGCGAAGAACCCUAAUGACCCCGACCCUUUCAUCCCAGGAUCAUUCUCCGACGACAGAAGCUACCUCCUCAAAAUGGCCAAUGGAGACAAUGCAGAUGUCCCCGAAGGUCACCAGAGGUCACUGUCAUCAAAGUCUGACAUCCCGGCAACAAUUCAGGAAGAAAUGUUUCCAUCUAACGACCUCUUCUCCAACUCGAGCUCUCUCACUCACAGCACGGUUAAAGUUGAGAUAACCGAUGUGGUUGGAGAUGGAAGUGUUAAUCUCACUACAAGUGCCCUCAGAGUCUGCAAGAAACAAGUUCUACGUCCGUACUGGGCUCUGCUCAUGUUUAUAGGAUGGCGGGGUUUCGGCAAGGAGCGUGUUUACUCUGGCAGUCUCCAUUGGCGAAUUGUCAAUGUUGUUUAUCCCAGUGUAAUCGUACUGUUACUAAUCUACACCUAUAUAUACGAGAUGGUGGCCUGUGAGUGGAAACUCAAUCUCAAGAAAGACACGUUGGUGAUUGUUCCAACGACAACACCCCUGACGACUCACGCAGCAAACACCACUAACAAGACGACCAUCUACCCGUUCGUGACGAUGGUUCCGGCGAAGAUCAUCACCACCAACCUGUCCACCGACGCCACUCGGCCGCCGCUGGCCUGCGAACACAUCAUCACCACGUACAUCAUUCCAAACAUCCUUCACUUCGUCGCAUACCUCAUGGGGCUCUACUAUUUCAGAAUACAGGACAACGAACAGCUGUAUGCCCUUAUGGAGAAGGUUUUCCUCCAAGCUGCACCACUACAGAACAGAGCAGCCUCUCAGCAGAUAGUGGUCAGAAAACUGAGAUUGUUUCUGGUGUGUGGUGUCCUGUGGGUGAUCCUUACUCUAGUUCUUCAAGGCCUGUAUGUCUGGGCCUUUAAAUUCCCUCAGCUGUUAUUUUUCAAAAAGCUUGGUCAUGAAGUCCACUGGGUCCUGUUUGCUAUAGAGCUGCUGGGCCGUAUGGUGUUGAAUUCUGUGAUUUUGGCAGUCGUCGUCAACUAUGGGACCCAGUGCGAGAUGAUUCUCUUCUACGUCAUGGGUAUCGCUCUUCGUCUGCAGGAGAAAUCAACCGAUCUUAAAACAGCCAUGAAGGAUAUGCUACUGUUGAGGCAAAGCAUCAGUUUGCUGAAUGGAACCAUGUCUAAGAUGACAUCACUGACGUCGGUUAUCCUAGCAGAACUUUCCAUCAUAGGAGUGAGUAUUUUGGCGUUGAACAAGUAUGACUUGGUGCGAGUGUGGGUGUACAGAAGCAUCUUCCCCGUCAUCUGGAUUCUGAUGCUCAGUUUCCCUCUAUUCCAGGCAGCAAGGGUGAACUCUGUGUGUCGCAGACUGAAGAAAAUAUCGCUCGAGAUGAGAGUCUUUGGGUACAAGAAUAACUCACAGUUGGAUCUCGAUUCCUUCCUUCAGUUUGUCGGACAGACCAGGUUAAAGGCGAAGCUGUUCCACAUUCCGAUCCAGCCGUCGUACGUGAUCUCAAUUCUCGUGCUGACGGCCUUCGUCCUGCUGAUUCUCUUCCAAACCAGCAGCAUCGGACCCAUCGACUACAUCUUCUAGCAGUCGUCACAAUGCUGGGGCGUAAUACUAACAUCAGACUACCAACUGCCAGCAACUCAAAUCCCAACUUACGAUUGGUGCAUUCGGAUUAACAACUAAUGGGUUAUCCGAUGAGAAUUAAAUUGUAAGAACGCUCAGGCUAGUGACUGGACAGUCAUAGAAGUCGUGAGAGCAGAAAGUUGGUCAACUUUCUGCUGGCAGUUGGUAGACUGAUACUAGCAUUAGCUGAAUAAAAUCACAUACUUGAUUUAAGCAAUCUGGCAACAUACAUUUCAGCUUCAGCUCAUUUUAACCAAAGGAUCAUGAAGUUGCCAGUUUUCAGCAUUAGCUUUUUGGUGAAUUUAUUUUAAAAUAUAUUUACCAAGUUAAGACUUUAAUUUAUACUGGCUUAAAACUGUUCAAGUUGUAAGUCUGUGUAUAUUAGAUUUACUGACAGGAAUAUACGCAGAACUUGUGAUUGACCGUGACAUUAUUGAGUGAUAUGAAAGUACAAGACUGUUGUAAUACAUGUAGUUUGGUGUUUUUUAAAAUAUAGGACAUUGAUGUUGGUGAAAAAAGGGAACAAAACUCAAACGGGUCACAGAGAUUUAUAAAGCUAUGAUCUGAUGUCAAACCAAUUGUGUCGUUGUGAUAUUCUAAAGUAGCAAAAUAAGUUACAGGUCAUCAAAGGUCAAAUUUAUCUUCAUGUGAUAUGCUGACAGUGUUUCUGCCAGAAAGAAAUGUUUGGGUAUGGCGCUAUGGAAUUGAAUGCAACCAGAGUCAGCAGGGGGUAUGGGGGACCUCCCCCAGAAAGAAAAUGGUUAAGUUUAGGGUUAGGGUUAAGAAAAUCAUACAGAAAUGAUGAGAGUAAUUAAUUUGGUCAAAAAGUUAACUUUAAAAAAUUAAAUUUUGGGUAUGGCACUAUACCCGUUUUACCCUCUGGCAGAAACCCAAAGGCUAAUCAGGUUGCAAAUUUAACACAAUCCUGUGUUUGAAUGAAUCACAGAUUUAGGGUUGGCAUCGUACGAUUAUGAGAUGGAAUUCCAGAGUAUCUAUAUUACACCAUUUUAUGAUGGACUCCUAAAACAAAUCAGUGCCUACUAAUGAUUAACCUUGAUGUGAUAAAAUUAUGCUAGAGUAGCAUCAUAUGCGACUUUUGAUGGUGUAAAACUAAAACUUUAUCAAUUAUUUAUUACCCUCCUAGUAAAUGUCUGGUUGUGUCGUACACAUUUUGUAUGCACCUGGUGGUGCGUGUUAGUUGCAAAAUGACGUCAUUUCGGUUAGUGAUGCUAUCUUCACUGGUUUUAGCUGUGUGCAUUCGCAUGUGUCAUUGAGUAAUGUUGGAAAUAAUUAAGUGUCAGAUUUUGCAUUAUUUGAUGGUGGGUAAUAAAUAAAAUACCACACUUGUUGUCACUAGAUGUUUAUGAAACUCCUGAACCACCCAUGGUACAUGUAUCUUCUAAUAUGGGAAGUUCACUCGUUUCGUAAAAAUGUAUCCAGCGAAAAUGAGUGCUGUAUUCUAUGUAUAUGUUAAAAGUGCUUAAGUAUAAAAAAACAAAAAAAACAACACUACUAGAGCACAUUGAUUUAUUAAUCAUUG